AUGGAGCAAUGGAGCUGGAGCGAGGAACCCCAAGAACCACAGGCAGGAUGGUCAGCUGCUAUGUCAUCAACAUCGGAGGGGAGGCACGAGCCACGCCGGCGUGUUUGGAUGGGAGCAGCCCUGGCCGCUGCGAGGAAAUUUAUUGAAGUGCCUGUAGCUUCACCCAAAAGCUGGGCGAGGCCUGAUGGAUGUCCUGGCGAUGCUGGCUGGUCAAGCUGGGAUUCUUGGAGCCGACCCAGGGAAUGGCCGUCAUCCUGGGACUCGAGUCGCAGUUGGUCCCAACUUUCAGGCAGACAGUGGGAGUACUUUGCAGAUCUCAGGGGUCAGGAUGCAAAGUCAGAAUGGACAGAUUGGAGAGGUCGCGGUGAAGGUCAGUGGAAUGAUUGGAGACCAAUGGAGCGCGCUGCUCCAGCGGAGCCUUCCAGGACCUUCGAGGCCUCCGAUCCCUUCAUCGACCUCUCUUUGACCUCAUUGGCCCAGCUGGUGCAAGAACCACAAAGUGCUGAGCUGGAGCAAGCCACGCAGCGCCUAGCGCAGCAGCUUCGCAGUCCCGAUGUCCGGCUCUCGCGGCAGCAGCUCCUGCGCUGUCUUGAGCUGCUUCGUUUUGGCAACACUACACUGGCGGUGGCGGUGGCGCCACGAGCCGCCCGUGCAGUACAUACUUUGGCACCUGCUGAGCUGGUCCAGGCAGCGCAGUCUUUGGCUGCUGCGCCUCCAACUUCAGCCGCCUUGGAGAGUCUUGGUGUAGUGCUCGGAGAGGCCAUUUGCAGACACCGCUGCCUGGACUUGGAUCAGUUGUCCACGUUGACAGCUGAAGCUUCUGGCAGCGUGCUCAAAUCCUUGCUCCGCCAUGUGGAGGUUGACGAGCUUCCAGAUGAAAGUGAGGAGGAUGAAGAGGUGUUGGUGGCUUGCCUGGACCGGCUUGCUGACCAGGCUCCGCGGCUCAGCGCGGAAGACUUGGUUGCAAGUCUGUGCGGAUUGGCUAUGCUUGGUGUGCGAGAUGAUGUAGCAACAGCGGCCCUCUCGGAGGAGGUCACACAGGCUAUACCCAUGCUGGCUUGUCCCGAGCUGGCACUGCUCUCGUGGGCAUGUGGUACGCUGGGCCUGCGCAGUGUGCCAACAAUGGAGGCCAUUGCGGAGGAAUCACUUCGCCGCAUCUGGCAAUUUGGAGCUAAUGAUCUCAUCAAGUUGCUUUGCGGCUUUGGAUCCCUUGGCUUAAGGCACAGACCCUUCCUGGAGGCAGUAGCAAGUGCAAUAGACUGGUCUUUGCAGCAGCUGCCUUUGCGAGGCCUGGUGCAGGCAGCGUGGUUCUUGGCAGUGCUUGCAAGCCCGGAGCAUAAAGUGAUGACUUCCAUUGCGAAUCAGAUGCUCAUGCAGCUGGAACAUUUGUCUCUGGCAGAGCUGGCGGGGGUCUGGGUGCUUAGUGACUUGGUCUUCGACAUGGAAGGCUGA